UCAGGCGUGCCUGCCACUGACUCUGGCUAAAAGGCGAAAUUCCCAACUUAAACUCUCAUUGUGUUCUUCGCAAAACUCCUCCCUCUCGCUUCAGAUUGUGUGUGGGUACGAGAAGCCUACUGCACGUUGCUAUUGUGAGAAUGAUGUCUCUUUAAUGUACAAGAAGUUGAGGUGAUAUUCUCGUUUGAAAGGUAGGCGAGAUGUCAUUUUCCAGGUAGUAGCUUGGGCAAUUUGGAGGCGGUUGGUUGGUUUACUAUUCCUGAAGGAGAGCGAGAAGUUGGAUAUGACGUCAAUCUUUGUGAUGAAUUGCGUCUUUCCUCUAGGUUUUAGAUGUUAGAGACUGGGUUUAGACUUCCAGCCGGGCAUUCAAUAUUUAUUGCCUCUGGAAUAUAUGCACAUUGAUACUGAAGAGAACUAAAACAAUUCGACUUUUUGGUUGUUUCCUUCAAAGCUCAAUUCUGUUCUGACCUUGAUCAUCUUCCUUUAGGAAUCUACUGCUUUGAGAUUGUUUCCUUGUGGGUUUCCAAACUCAGUUCAAAAAUUUCCAUCCAUGCCUGAGAAGACUAAGCAUCUAUCCAGGCUACUGAUCUACCUCAUCACUCUCUCUUUGUUCCUUUUGAUUCUAUCUUCUCUAUCACUUCGACAGUUUGGCAAUGUCUCGUUGCUACCUGGUUCUGUUUUCAGGUUGAUUCUUGCAAACAACACCUCAAUUUAUGUGAGACCCAAUGUUCAAAGGGACCCAAAGAUCAAAACAAUCCCCUUCUUGUCUCCCCUAAGCUCAAAGACACAAUCCCCUAACUUUGGCCCUUGCAAUCAAGGAACAAUUUGUCCACCUUCUGGAGCCUUGACUUGUGACCAAAAUCAAGCUGUUCUGAAGGUAUAUAUGUAUGAUCUUCCUCCUGAAUUUCACUUUGGAUUACUGGGCUGGAAGGGAAGUGGCAAUGAAACUUGGCCAACUGUUAAUGACCCUAGGCACAUCCCGCCAUAUCCUGGUGGCUUGACUUUGCAGCAUAGUAUGGAGUAUUGGCUGACACUUGAUCUUCUAGCAUCUAAUGUGCCAAGUAUCAUCAAAGCUUGCAGUACAGUUAGAGUGGAGAAUUCUAGUGAAGCAGACAUACUCUUUGUGCCGUUUUUCUCAUCUCUGAGUUACAAUCGGUAUUCCAAGCCUCUGGGGAAAGAGAAACUUGAACUAAACAAAAUUCUACAAGAGAAAUUGGUGCAGUAUUUGCUGGGUCAUGAUUUAUGGAAGCAACAUGGGGGAAAGGAUCAUUUGAUUGUGGCACAUCAUCCCAACAGCAUGCUGCAGUCCAGGAAAGAGUUAGCCUCUGCCAUGUUUGUGCUUGCAGAUUUUGGGAGGUAUCCUGCUAGCGUUGCAAACAUUGAAAAGGAUAUAAUAGCUCCUUACAAACAUGUCGUUAGGAGCAUUCCAAAUGGUCAGUCAGCUCAGUUUGAUCAGCGUUCCAUACUAGCUUAUUUCAAGGGGGCUAUUUACAGAAAGGAUGGAGGAACUAUUCGCCAGGAACUCUACUAUCUUCUUAAAGAUGAGAAAGAUGUGCACUUUACAUUUGGGUCCUACAGCAAGAAUGGGGUGAACAAGGCCAACGCAGGGAUGGCCACAUCAAAGUUCUGCUUGCAUAUUGCCGGUGAUACACCUUCCUCUAAUCGUCUCUUUGACAUUGUUGCAAUUCACUGUGUUCCUGUGAUCAUAAGCGAUGAGAUUGAACUUCCAUUCGAAGAUGUGCUGGACUACUCAGACUUUUGUGUCUUUGUUCAUGCAUCUGAUGCUAUCAAACCGGGUUACUUGAUGAAGCUUCUACGUGGGAUUGACCGAGAUGAGUGGACCAAGAUGUGGUUUAGAUUACAAGAAAUUGCCUCCCACUUUGAAUAUAAUUACCCUUCCAGAGCUGACGAUGCUGUAGAUAUGAUAUGGAAGGCAGUAAGGCGGAAAAUAUCUGCACUUCCCUUGCAAAUUAACAGGAAGAAGAGAUACUAUCGAUCUCAACCAACAAGCUAACUGAAGUGAACACCACAGUUUGUAGGAGACAUGAUACCAAAAGCUUCCCUCUCGUUCUCUCAUGCGAAGGGCAUUUGAUUUUUGUAACCUUACCAAGAGCUGCUUGUUUUUGCUAAACAUACAUAGAUGAGGGAGGAGCUAUUCGGCAGGAACUGUACCACCUUCUAAAAGAUGAGGAAAAUGUGCACUUUACAUUUGGAUCCUACGGGAAGGGUGGCAUCAACAAGGUCAAUGCAGGGAUGACCAUAUCAAAGUUCUGCCUACAUAUAGCUGGGGAUACACCUGGUUCCAAUCGCCUGUUUGAUGUGAUUGCCACUCUCUGGGUUUCUGUGAUAAUAAGCGAAGAUAUAGAGCUGACAUUUGAAGAUGUGGUUGACUACUCAGAGUUCUGUGCGUUUGUUCAUGCGUCUGAUGCUGUGAAACCAGGGUACUUACUGAAUCGUCUCGGUGGACUGGAGGGAUAUGAAUGGACCAAGAUGUGGGUCAAGAUUACAAGAAAUUGGCGCCCACUUUGAAUACCACUAACCUUCAAAGCCUGAUGAUGCUGUGGAUAUGGUCUGGAAGGCUCUAUCGAGAAAGGUGCCCGCACUUCGGUUGCAACUUAACAGGAAUAAUAGAUACUCUAGGUCUCAACCAGCAAGCUAACUGAGAACAACAGUCAGCAGAAGAAAAGUGACUGACGUGAAGAUGAUAUCGUGGAAGAAAGGAAAUGGCCAAAGGUCAUCUGUUCACGGAGUAUGAACUUCUGCAAACUAGAAUAACAUAUAAGUUGCCUGUGAAACUGUUCCUGUGGAUUGAAAAGGGUGAGGGACAAACAAAGAAAACACAAAAGAAAAAGAAAAGAAAGCACUAUAUGUUGAUUGUCUAUGAGAGCCAGCAUCGUCUACACUUUUGAGUAUUUUGGGGGACCCUAACAAGUUGAUUAAGACCUGAUUGAUUCUAUACAGUACUGAGAUGAUGCUGGCUCAGAGAUAUGGGUGGGCCUAGCCUAGGCUGCUGCAAUUCUCUCUUACAAAAUGCCGCCUCUAGAACAAAUGAAAAAUAUAUCAAAAUCCAGCAAACCAUGUUGGAGGCUCUAACGUCGAGGACUCAGGAGGUGCCUGUAUCUUGCAGUUUCUUCAUCAUCAUUAAUUUUUUUGCAUCAGCUGCAGCUUCAAGCCAUCACUUCCUUAGUUCCUUUGCUGGCAUUGAGGAGUGAAAAAGAACAUGGAAAAGAAUAUUUGGAGCUCUUCCCUGAGUCAGAAAACCAGGCUACUGCCUGUUGUGAAUGGGAUCUGAUCCUUUCUUAACCGUUCUUUUGUUGGACUGAUUAGGAUCAAACAUCACCGAAGGUCCAGGUGCCAAGCUCGACGACGUGGCCUGCAACUCAUCUGCAGCCACUCCCUUGAGGAAGCGUGAAGUAUGCACCCCAGGAUGCUGCCAUCUCAGAGCAAGAUCAAUGCUUGUCAGGCCACAAGCCAUCUCAGGCUGUAGAGCUAAGUUCCCAAUGCAGAAUAGAAGAAGAAUAACUAUGUGCCCUGAUACACCCAUGAAGCAAUGAUGUUGAUUAUGUUGAUAAAAGAAUAGAAAUGGAGGAGUAGUUUCAGUCUGAGAACUGAGAAGUGGCUGCUGAUAUUAUAAUGCAACUCUGCUGAUAAUAUGUUUAUAUAUAGUGCAGGAUUAAGCUCGAGUUAUUGCUUUUCUCAAAGUGGAUCCAUAAAGCACAAGGGUUGUGGCCCCAGGAAACAUGUGGGGAAGGCCAUUAGAUUCACUUGCAAUCAUGAGCAUGCCCCCAUUGGAAUAACUAACUAUAUGUUCUUUUAGGAAGGAAGACUCAUCCUGACAGGUUUGAACAAAAAAGGUGGAGUUGGAACAAUUUCCUUGGGAAGAUAAGCAUCUUUUUUUGUUCUUCUUCUCACAUCUCAGUUUCCCC